AUUCCGUCGUCUACUUGCUCUUUGCAUUUCUACGUCGUAAUGCGCGCCAUUGACACAUCAACUUACUUCACUUUCGCUGGCUUUUUCCAAGGCAGAUUUGCCCGAGUUCAUUCCUCGGAUUUAUGCCAAACUUAUCCCAGCACUUGAAGAGCUUUGUCAGUAUGCAGAAAUCGCUGAUAUUCACGGUAAAAUCAAAGAUGCAUAUACCACACUGCACAUACAAAAGCACUGCAAGCGAUUCUUCAGUGCCUACUUCCGUGUCGGUUUCUUUGGUUCAUUGUUUGGCUCAAUGAACGGUUCGGAAUACAUUUACCGAGUCGCACCUUUCACGAAACUCACCGAGAUGACUCAACGCGUCGUAACCUUUUUGGUUCAGAAAUUUGGCGAAGAUCGUGUUGUUAUUGUGCCGGACUCAAACACAGUGAACCCGGCAAUUCUGGACACGGACAAAGUGUACUUGCAGAUAACCUACGUGGAACCAUAUUUUGAAAAGCAUGAACUUGACCUCCGCACUACUGCAUUGCAACGAAACUACAUGCUAAAACAAUUCUCGUAUUCCAUACCCUUUACUCCGAGUGGCACACCGUAUGGAAGCCUGAGUGAGCAAUUUCAGCGUCAGAUCAUAUUGACUACCGAUCAUCAUUUUCCCUACCUGACUUCUCGCAUGCCUGUUGCCUCCAAACGGUUCUGCAUUUUGUCCCCCAUCGAAGUGGUGAUCGGAGACAUCUCUCGAAGAGUUCAACAGCUAGAUGAAGUGCUGGAUGUCAAGCCUGUGGAUGUCAAGUUAUUGCAGAUGUUGUUACAGGGUUGCAUUGGGACCACGGUGAAUCGAGGCCCGGCGGAAGCGGCAUUCACGUUUCUGAAACCAGAUUUAUUACCAAUUCAUCCUCAAUCCGUUUCCUUACCCGGAUCCCCUCCAAUUCUGGACAUUACAGGUUAUGCAGACGCACAAAACAAACUACGCGUCUGUUUCCGCCGCCUGUUGCAGUCGUACGUUCCGGUUGUACACAAAGUUGCAUUAUUUUGGUGACUCACCAGCAACACCAUUUUCCUUCAUUGUAAAUUUAUCACUUCAAACGAUAGACGUUGUACUAAGGCGUCUUU